UUGUCUUCGUUCAGUACGGCUCUCUCUUAGUUCAUUAUCGUAGACAAGGCUAGGAUUCCCUUCGAAACAUGUCUUUCUCCGAUAUCAAGACGUACAGGAUGGACAACCUCGAGAAGUGGAAGAGCUUAGUCGCAGAGCCUAGUAAUUGUACUCGCAUUGUCAAUGUCCUGCGUCUCGGGGCACUCGGUUCAAGAAAUGCCUCUGGAGAUGUGCACAUGGACAUAUUCCCUGCACUCGAAGCUAUUCGUCUUCAAGCAGCGGAAGCAACCGGGGGGAACCAGUGGCAACGUCUCGUGCGAGGCGGCAUCGUAGAAACACUAUGUCAUGCUCUUCUCGACAUUCCAAGCUUCCAGGAUCCAUCAGUUUCUGCUCACGAGGAAAACACAGGUGUCCUGUCCUCAUGGUACCCUGCACUGAGGGUCUUGAGCGAGAGCAGCAUGAAUCUGAGUCAAUCUCUCAGUAGUGCCACCACUAAGUUAUUCAUUUCCACCGUCAAGAAGAAUUGGACAGCUAUCACAAUCCGCUUAUGGACCGACCCUCAACAAUCUCUCGACGGUAUUGAAUACAUGGAACGCACUAUGUUUGCCGCUUUGACUCGAAGCAUGCUUAAUGCAGAUCCCUCGUUUCUGAGCAUUAUCGACCGCGAAAACGACCUCACCAUCUCACUACUCGCGCGCUACUGGGUAUUGUCGACCGCCGAUAGCGACUUCAUCACCACAGUUGCAACGAUCAUGGACAUGAUAGACCCUUCACCCGAUACGUCAUUAGCCCUUUACAGACGGUCUCACCCAAAACCGCCAGCAGCUACCGCCCGUAUCCUCCAAUCGACGAAGAGCUCAGCAUCCUUGUUUUUCACGGGGGUGAGUAACCUAUACGGAUGGAUCAACAGGACGCAAUGUGGUUUCGCCGUCAGAGCUGUCUUCGCGAUUACUUCGAACGCCGCUGAAGCGAAACCGAAGCCUUCCCCGGCGUUCUUCAAACCGUUACUAUGUCAUAAGGUGUUUUGGAAGAGUAUGUUGGGGGUGCUCAAAGCCGUCGGAGACGAGGAGACGGCUGACGCUUCAUCCCAAGAAUCGUCGGAUCCCGAAAGUGCCAUGGCUUCAGCUGCCGACAAGGAAGUGCGCGACCUAGUGUUCAUGAACGUUUUCAGGCUACUCGGGUUGGUCUUGGAAACUGGCUGCGCACAUUUUCCCAAAGAGGCCUCCGACUUCGUAAAGCUGCUAGUCCGUGCAAAGCUUUUCGACGUACUGGACGAAGUUCUGCCUCAGAUAAAACAGAUGCCUAAGGUCGCUGCCUCGGUCGGCAAUCUGUUCAGCGAAUUCUCCGCUGCCCUAGAAAAAGACCCUUCUCUCCGCCCAGUGCUCCACUCCCAGUUCCCCCGUGUUCGAACCCUACGUACCCUCCUCGACAUCGCCCACGGACCUUUACCCAAUGGCCUGGCCGACCAUACUCCCACCUUCAUCAAUAGCCGGAAUAUGACUCGUCGAGACGCAGCCGCGACGGGGUGGAUGAUGAUGCACGCGCUGGAGAAGAAGGUGAAGCCGCAGAAAGAGUGCAGUCGGAGGGGAUGUAGUAAGCGGAGAGAAGCGAAGUGCAAGGACUGUGCAGAAGCAGGGUAUUGUGGUCCAGAGUGUCAAAAAUUAGAUUGGAUGGACCAUCGUCUGAUCUGUGGGUUCAAGGCCAUCAACACUCGUGAAGCUGGCGCCUUUGCCUACAUCACCUACCCCAAACGGUUUCUCGACGAUACAUCCGCUGGGGACUCCCACGACGGUGCUUCACAAUCCACAUCAACGCCCGAAAAGCCCCGCGAACUCGUAACCUCUCGAGACCUAUCCGACCACGUCAAGAAGAUGCGCCUCGAACACGAAGAACGCGCCAAGGAGCUACAAAGACUGGAAGAAGAGAGCCAAGCCCUCAUCGACGCCGGAAUGGCCAACACCUACGAGUGCGCAGAGGAAGCACGCAGAGCUGAAGAGGACCCGAACUGGACAGAGGAGCUUCAGCGGGAGAUGGAGAGGAAGCAGAGGGAGAGGAACGAUGAGUGGAUGGCGCGGUGUGCGAAACUUCAUGAGGAUAAGGCCGCGAUGGAGGCGUGGACGGAUGCGUUGAUCGCGCUGGCGCCGGAUGAUAGUAAUGGGAAGGACCCCAUGAAGUCGCUUUUGCAGCAGUUGGCAAACUCUCGCGUGGGCAGUUGA